AUGAGCGGGAAAGAGGCAGGCGUCUCGCGCCCCGGCGCCAUUCCUGCCGGCGCCCCGCCAGGACCCCCCUCCAAGACCCCCGUCCGGGACCCCGCUCCAGCCCGGCCCUCGGGGGCUGCCCGAGCCCCAGCGAGCCCCAACGGGGGGAGGAACGAACGAAGGAAGGAAGGAAGGAAGGAAGGUGCAGAGAUGGCUGCUGGAUGUACUGGUGUUUUGGAGCCAAACUUGACCCACAUUUUAAUUGCAAAGCUAGAUGGGGAUACAUUUUACUUCAGAGAUGAAGAUGGUUUUGAAUCCGAUGCCUUCCUGAAACAUGGGAAUCCUAAAUUCCAAGUGUUCCAAGACUCCAACACCAAAGUUCUCAUAAUGAAACAGGACACCUGCUCACCCAGAUUUGAGGCCAUGAGUGAACAGGAAAUUAAAGAUAAUGCACCUCAGACCAGGUUUAUCAUUCAGUUCUACAAAAGCACCAAACCCGGUUGCUAUCCGGUAACCAUCAGCGUGAAGAGCAGAGACCGGAUCUACCAUCUUUCCUGCCAGGGAAACAUCCUCCAUUUUAAAGCGGGUGAAGCACCGCAGAAAAUCAACGAAGAUCAGAGCGAUAUCAUCUUCUUCCAAAGGGGCAUCGUAGGUUUUACAGACCGGUAUCAGUUUCAGCCCUCCUCGUGCCCGGGGUCCUAUCUGGCUUGUGAAAAGAAGCAGAACGACCCCUAUUUCACGAUGAUUUUGAAGAAGGUGAGUGGAGAUGAGAACGACUCCACCCACAUGACUCUCAAGCCUUUCCCUCAGUAGUCAGAAAAGAAAGAAAAGCAGUUAGAUAAAAUCAGGGCACCUGGGUUCCUGCUCCGCCGGGCCUCCGGCUAUGUGCCUCUACAAAACACUGGGCUCUUUCCUGCCUCUCAGGGGUUUUGGGAGGUUGGGAAAUAAACUAUUAUGUAUUUUCCUGGAA